AUGACAGAAACCUCGGGUUCAGAUCCUUCGGCUUGUGCAAACGAAGAUGUCCUUGAAUACACAGCGUACAGCGAUAGCGUAUUAAAUUCCGAUGAAGAAUCUCUCGAUUUUGAUUUGUACGAUGACGAAGAUUACCUACUUUCGUACUUACUUAGCGAGCUAGAAUUCUACGACCAAAAGCAUGGAAGAAUUUCCAGGCGAAAUGGCGGAAGGAAACUAUCGAUGAAAGCAAGACAAACUCCUCGAGAAAAUUAUGGAGAAACUCCUGCCAAACUUGAAGGCGCCGGAACGUCCGCCAACAAAGAGCUGCGGAUCAAGGAAAUGGCCGUUGCAAAUUCGAAGAAAAAGAAGGAGAACAGUACUAAAAAGGCAAGGAAGUCGAGUGGAAUUGUCGAUGACAAAGUAGCUACAAGAAGGGCUAAGAAGGGUUGCCUCAAAAAUAAGCUUGCUGACAAGAGAGCGGACCAUGAACCCUUCAGUCAGACAACAGAUCUAACAAUAUUCUACAAUAAUUCUGACUUUGUUCUCGGAUCAGGAAACAGUGUUAAAUUUGGCGACCAGGAGUUGAUGAACUUGCUGAUUGAACUUCAGGACCGCGACAUUACGCCAGAAGAUUAUGAUCUCCUCGUGCAGUUAGAUUCUUCUGUAAAACCGAAGACAUUGUCGGAGGCUCAGAUUAACAGUCUUCGAUCAGACACUGUUACAGCUAAAUUAGAUGACGUAUGUAGUAUUUGUAUAGAAGACUAUGACUGUGGGGAAGUGAGAAAGUUUCUUCCCUGUGGGCAUUAUUUUCAUGGGCAAUGUAUCAGCACAUGGCUCAGCUGGACAUCAAACAGGUGUCCAAUUGAUGGAAGAGAAGUCACUAGGUAG